UGGGGCGCCCAGCCUGGGCGCAGCUGCUGCGCUGCGCAGGUUUCAGUUCAUAGCUCGCUGCUGCUUGGUCUCCUUCUCUGUUGGGAGCUGACGGUUUCUAGCAGCACUGCAGCGUCUGAGUCGCUACAGCCGCAGCCAGCACCGCAGCAACAGCAACAGCAGCAGCAGCAGCCGCCGCCGCCGCCGCAGCAGCAGUAGCAGUAGCAGCAGCAGCAGCAUUGCCGCCGCCGCCACUGGUGCAGCGCACCCUUAGCCAUUGCAGUCUCCGACAGCCCACAGAACCCUCAACCUGAGCGACCACCAGCCAUCUGAUCGCCCUCCACCUCCCUCCUUUCCCCGGCCCGCUCGCCCCCAAUGUCUGACUCUGACUCUCGGACUGAGAAGCGCAAGAAAAAAAGACCAAAUGGCAAAACAACCGUCAGAUCUAAAUUCUGAGUGUGACAGAGAAGGUGGACAAUUGCAGCCUACAGAAAGGCCUACUCAGCCUCAACAACUCAGACCAGGGGCCCCUACCUCUAUACAAACACAGUAUCAAGGUAAUUCAGGUGAAGGGGACAGCUGCUCACCCAGCAGUCCUCAGGGACCGUUUGCACCACCCACUAGCCCUAGUCCAUUUGCUACCAGAUCCCCACUUUUCAUCUUUUUAAGAAGAUCUCCACUGCUGCCUCGAUCUUCCAGUGGGUAUUUCUCUUUUGACACAGACAGGAGUCCAGCGCCUAUGAGUUGUGAUAAAUCUACACAAACUCCAAGCCCUCCUUGUCAAGCCUUCAAUCAUUAUCUAAGUGCAAUGGGUAAGCAAGAUCAUGCUUCCAUGAGGCAGUCUCAAUCAAUACCUGCAGAUAUGCGGCCAGAAAUUUGGAUUGCACAAGAAUUGCGCCGUAUUGGAGAUGAAUUUAAUGCUUCCUAUUAUCCAAGAAGGGGGUUUUUGGAUAAUAACUAUCAAGGAGCAGGUGACCAUCACCAAAUGGUUAUUUUACGCCUGUUACGUUACAUCAUCCGCCUUGUUUGGAGAAUGCAGUGACGAUUAUUUGAGAAGGAGUGCACAGAUUUUUUACUUGCUACAAGUCAUCAAGUAAAAAUACCACUUACGUCUUCAUUAUAAUUACUAUGCAAUCAACAGAUUCUUUCCCUAAAAGACUUAGGGGCAGUGGAACUCCACAUUUUUGAGGACACACCUGUAUGUGAACUUGAAAGUGGAUUGGGCUCAUCACAUGACAAAAUUUUAUAAAGGGGAGUUCUUGUGAAUGUAAAUGAUGGAUUUUUUUUUAAAUGUAUCAAUCACCGUUCUUCAAAGCAGGAUUUUAUGCAAGAGUGGUGUUUACAUUGGCGUGUUUUUCAACUUCUUUAAUAAGAAGGAACAAGUUUUCAAAAAGGAAAUGGAAACUUUUUGACAAACUCAUGAAUGAUUUUUGUACUAAAUUUUAAGGACCUAUUGCUUAGUCUUUAAAGAGGAUGAUGUAUAUAUCCUGCAGUGGAAACUGAGCCAGCUAAUUUGUGUAAGCUGCCUUAGUUUAUUUUUUGGGGGGUGGGGGAAUAUUGUACAGUUUCCUUUUUUUCUCUUUUCUUUUUAUCAGGGAGAAGUAUGUCUCUCCUGCUGUUCUAUCCUCUUUAUUCUUUACUAUCUUUAUACCAAAAUUGGCAUAAUAAAAUGGAGCUGGUUAAAAAGGUGUAGGUUAUUAACCUGCACCAACAUGCUUCUUCCUUGUAAAUACUUGACCCCCUCCUUAAAUUUACUUGCAUAUGUGGCAGACCAUCCAAUGGGUCUAACUUCAGACUACCUUUGAGCACUCUUAAUCUUCUUCUGGGGAUCUUCCAGUUUUUGUAGCCAGUUUAGAAUCUUAUAAAUACAAAUGUGUUCUGAAAUCUUCCAAUAUAUUUAAUGCCUCAAGCCAUCCCUCAGCCUGAGAGCUGUUUUCCUUCUUUUGACAAGUAGAUUUUAAAAUGUAUUCUAUGCCCUGGUCAUCAGUGCCUCAUCCAUGGCAGGUGCAGUUCUUUCUUUAGCUGUGAUCUUUCUCCUGAUUACUUUUUUACAUCUUGAAAUUGCCAUUGGUCAGGACUGGGAAAACACAGAAUGAAUCUAAACAGGUUUUUGUUUAUUUUUAAUUGAUUUUAAAGGAGUUUGCAUCGUGUAUCCACAAAUGGGAGAGAGGGAGGUCAGAUGGUUUAGGGAAUUGCUUUGUGAACCCCACUAUUUUUUCAUGGCAAAAAAUCAACUUUCUACACAACUUUUUGUUUCACAGUUCUUUUUGGAUUGUCAAAUAAAAUUUAGCAGUGCCAACAGCUAUUGUAUUCACUUUUGCCCCAUAGAGGAUCCAGUGUUCCUGUAAUUCUGCUUAACAAUUGAAGAAAAAUAUGCUGGAUAUGUAGUUUCAGAAUUUUACUUACAAAAAAAGUAGAGGUGGGGAUAUAUCCAUCUUUCCCAUAUAUUCAGGGGAUUUUUUUUUCUUUUUCUAAAACUGAAAGAUUUUUCUUUCUUAGUGAGUUGGAAUUAGGUUCAUAGGAAUUGUGUUGGAUCCCAGUUAUGGUUUCUUGAAUUAAUCUUGAAACCUUAUUUAGUAAGGUCACAUUGUCCAUUGUUGUGAUAGUGAGCAGAGACUAACAGAAAGUAUUAGAAUUUGUGUACCUUACUGGACACGCCAAAGAUAUUUGGUUCCGCCUGAAUCCCCUACUUGGAUAUCUAUGAUCAUAUGCUAAUUUCUACAACUGGAGCACUUUACUUCUGUUUCUUUUAACUAUACAUCUCCCCUGGGCUGGGAGUUGGAAGCAAUGCAACUUACAAAAAGGACAUUUUUGUAAGGCUCUGCUGGCCCAGUGUCCCAGUGGGGAUUCGUGUCCUUUCUUGUACAUUUACCUCAAGCAUGGCAGUGCAACAAGUUUGCCACCAUUGCUUCAGGCUGAUGAUAUAAAUAAGCCUAAUGAUGAGCUAAAGAAAUUCUAUGAAUUAUAGAAGCAGUAGAGAAUAGGAUGUCGGCACCAAGAGUUUGAGAGAGAAAUACAUUUCUCUGUACUGUAUCUCUUAGAGAACACAAUGCCUCCAGCAUUUAAAAAAAAAAAGAGCUAAUUCCACUUUUUGAAAACUUAGUGCAGGUUUUGUGCCUUGACAACCUCUACCCACGUUGGGUUUGUAGUAAGUCUCCCAUGGCAUAACACUGAAAUGCAAUAAGCAAAUACAAAAUACUUAAUUUCAUGGAUAAUUCUUCAGAUGACAUAUCCUGCCAAAACUUAAUGAAGAAUUUGCUUUGGUUGUGGAGAAACCAGCUUAAAAUUUCUUCUGAUAUAAAAAUUUGUACAAUUUUUUCCCCUUCUUUCUCUCCUCUUAACCCUUCCUCUAUUUUAUUGUAAAUAUUUGAAUAUUUAUUAGGUUAGAACAUCUUUACUUACUCUUAUCAACUGAGCCAAAUGUCUGUGUGCAAUUGUGUGUUUCUUUUUUCUGUAAAAUUUUGUAAAUAAGUAAAAAUCACUGUUUUCUAAACCUUUUUUUUAGAAUUGAUGUUUGUAAAUAUGUAGAUUCUUUUCCAUGUAAUGUGUUCUACUGUUUCAUAAUGCUGUAACUUGUAGAAAUAUUGUAUAUUUAUUUUCUGCUUAUUUAAUUUCUCAAGUUCUGUAAAGUUAUGCAUUCCCUUUCCCUCCCCCAGAUUAUCUGCUUUAACACAGAAGUAGUGAUUGAUCAGUUUAACGCACUGUCUUUUUCAGUGCUGUCCGUAUGGCUUUUCUACUGUGGUCCUCCAGAUUUCAUUCUUGUUCAUUUUGCUUUUAUUAAACUUUAAGGAUUUGCUUAAUUGUGAUUUUUAACGCUAAGGGAACUGAAAGUAGCCAAAUGCUGGAAUCUACUCAGAGCAUUAACCAAGUUCUUCCAGUCAUAAACCAUAGUGAAUUGUUUGCCCUAAGCCUGCCCCAUAUUUAGGUAUAAGAUAUAUUUAACAUUUGGGAAAAGUUUACUGCCAUUGAUUGGCCUUGUUGAGAAAAAAAGGUGAUGGGAUUGCAAAGGUUGCUGCCUUGAGAUUGCUGAAGUCAGGGAUCCAUGGGACAAGUGGGCAGGCAAUCAACUACCUCACUUGGUUCCCGAGGCAUUUUUUCCCUUCAUUUGUUAGGAAGGAAACAGGCUGGGGCCCUGUGUUUUUGGCUCUUUGCCUUGUGUCUCCUGCCACACGCUGGUACCAAGCUAACAGGGUAUCAGUUUACUUGUUUUAAAAUCUUAACUUGCAUGGUUUAUUUCGCAGUUGGAACAUGGUUUAUCCUUCUUGUCCCUCUUCCUUCAAUGGAAUAGGUAAUUCUCAGCAUUCCUAUAUUCUGAUUACAAAUUGUUCCUUUUAGUUUGGCUUUAAUUUAUAUUUCCGUCAAAAGAGAUUAUUUUGAGUCCAAACGAAAGAUCUUUAAUUGGCAGUUAGGAUGUGCUAAGUCGUGAACAUUUUAAUAAAACUUACUAAUAAGUUACAUAUAUAACAAGCAAAAUGGCACUACCAUUGCAGCUUAGCCCGGUGCCUCCAUGUGUAUUUAUUACUCUGCACUCCUAUGUACAAUGUAUGGGUGUUUUGGUUCAUGCAGGUGAUCAACUGUAGGACUUGCUAUUUACAUAUACAAACCUUUCCUUAUACAAGAAGCAUCCUCAGAUUCUUGUGUAAAUAACUUGACUACUUUGGUAAAUUUUUUGAAUUUCAGAGGAUUUAAACAUUUUGUACCCUGGUUUUAAGACCACAAAUACUGUAUACAAACUCAUCAGGUACCGAUAUGUACAUAGCACUGAUCUGUAACUUAGACUGAUUAAUCACUUACUUUGUUUCAUAGGACCCAGCAUAUGUAGCAUUUUUAUUGCAAUUUCCCUGGCUUACUUGUGUUUUGCACUGAUGAAUUUUUGACAGGGUAAUUGUCACUUUACUUGUGCAAUACUGCUGUAAAUAAUUGCAGAUUUUUUAAGGAAAAACUCGAUCUUUUAUGUUCUUUAAUAAUGAAUUUUAUAUAAAUAAAACCUUCAACUAGU